AGAGCCAGUGCGCGCGCGCAGUUUCACUCCCUACUGUAUCGAUGAAGUUGAAGACAAAAGAUGGCGGAUUUCCUGCCGUCCCGGUCCUUUCUAUCCGUGUGUUUUCCGAACUGUCUUCUCAACAGCAACGAGGCGGAACAACUAAGGAAAUCUAAAGAAAUAGACCGAGGUCUUAUGAAGGACAAAACCUAUGUGAAACGGUUAGUCAAGAUACUUCUGCUCGGCGCCGGCGAGAGCGGCAAGUCCACUUUCCUCAAGCAGAUGCGCAUCAUACAUGGCCAGGACUUCGACCAGCGGGCCAAAGAAGAGUUCAGAGGCACUAUUUACAGUAAUGUUAUGAAAGGUGUUCGAGUGCUUGUGGAUGCCCGAGAAAAGCUGCAUAUCCCAUGGGGAGACCCUUCAAACCAAUCACAUGGAAACGUCAUGAUGGCUUUUGACACACGCUCAGCCAUGGUGUCGCAAGGGAUGAUGGAGACCAAGGUGUUCCUGCAGUACCUGCCAUCAAUCCGUGCCCUCUGGGCUGACACGGGCAUACAGAACGCAUAUGACCGGCGCAGGGAGUUUCAGCUGGGUGAAUCGGUGAAAUAUUUCUUGGAUAAUUUGGACAAACUCGGAGCACCGGACUAUCUACCAACACAGCAAGACAUCCUGCUGGCACGUAAGCCCACCAAGGGCAUUCACGAGUACGACUUUGAGAUCAAGAACGUGCCCUUCAAGAUGGUGGACGUGGGCGGCCAGCGGUCGGAGCGCCGCAGGUGGUUCGAGUGCUUCGACAGCGUCACCUCCAUCCUCUUCCUCGUCUCGUCCAGCGAGUUCGACCAGGUGCUGAUGGAGGACCGGCUGACCAACCGCCUCAUGGAGUCGCUCAACAUCUUCGAGACCAUCGUCAACAACCGCGUCUUCAACAACGUUUCCAUCAUCCUCUUCCUCAACAAGACAGACUUGCUGGCGGAGAAGGUCAAAACGGUGGCCAUCAAGGACUACUUCCCCGAGUACACAGGGGAGCCGCACAACCUGGAGGAUGUGCAGAAGUUCCUGGUGGAUUGUUUCCGGAACAAGCGCCGAGACCAGCAGCAGAAGCCCCUCUACCACCACUUCACCACCGCAAUUAACACGGAGAACAUUCGCCUGGUCUUUCGCGACGUCAAGGACACCAUCUUGCACGACAACCUCAAACAGCUCAUGCUGCAGUGAUGCUGGUCCAGCCGUAACCCUCAGAUCUCUCCGAAAUAACCCUCUUCUGCUCAGAAGAAACUGACUCCAAUGUUUGUACUCCACACCGUAACCUUUCUGAAUAGCUCUGACGUGCUUUUAUGCGAAGAAGGCGGCCUAGCCUAGCGGUCUGUCAGGAGCACGGGGCGGCGGGUAGAGAAGAGAGUGGGUCUGGCCACUCACACUCGUCCUGCCAAGAGAAGCUGUACGUGUCACUGAGCAUCACCCUCUCACCGAAGGUGCCAAAAGCAAUGCACUCCUCCCUCGAAAAGGGGAGAAAAGCAGGAUGAGAUCCUAGCACUGUUCUUUGAUCUGUUACCUUUGAGCCUUUUAUUACUGACCAAAUAGCAAGAUGAGAUGCAAAUGCUGUUUUAACCUUUUAACAGGAACUGUUCUGAGCCUCUCCGUCGAGACCUGCCUGGCCUUAAUUUCCCCCCUUAUUUUGAUUGGUGUUUUUAAUGUGUAGUUGUCUAAUCAAUUGUACAAUUUUAGAAUCCAGUUGUUUUUUAUAUAUAUAUAUAUAUAUAUAUAUAUAUAUAUAUAUAUAUAUAUAUAUAUAAAUAGAUCUAUGAAUAUAUUUACCGAUAAACUUUUUAAGUUAUGUUUCAAAAGUUUACACACUUUUUUUUUUUCUUUUUUUUUCUUUCUCUGCUGAUGGAUAACGCUCUCAAUUCAUGCCACUUGAUAAACUGAACUUAUACUGUGGUUAGCCACGCUAGGCGAGCUGAUAGAUGCAGUGAUCAUGCAGCAUAAACUCAGGGCUGAAUGUAGACCACUUAAGCGUAGUUGUUCGCCUUCAGGAACAUCCACUAAUUGUAGCUCUCCAUCAGGAGCAGGAAAUCACAUUUCCUUGCUGGCCUGCAGACGACAUCCUCCGCUCUGCCCUAGCUAAAGUCUGGAAGAGCUUCUUCAUCCAUCAGGGAACCAAAAACGGUCUCUUGUUAAUUUAUUUGCUUUCUGUUGAGUUUUUGUUUCUCGGUCCACAACCAAAUCUAAACUGGCUUCUCGGUCAGACCCCGCUAACAAACGCGUCUGUAGUCACAAGUGCCACGUGUUUAAGGUACCAAUAAUUAGAACAAACUUCUUCAAAAGGGAUAGAUCUUAUUAUGUGAACCUCGUUCCAUCAACAGUUGUGUAUAGCUAGUUUGUAUAGUGCCAUGUCCGUCCUGAAUACUGUUGUAGUAAGUAUUUUAUGUAAAUAGUCUAUCCCUCACUCUUUUCUAACAGAUAUGUAACCUACAGUUUUUUUUGCCACUGUGCACCCAUAAAUCCAGAGAUACUGACUCCCUGCCUGUGUUUGGCCCCAUUCAGGGCUGCUCUCGUAACUCUUUUGACUCUGCUGCGUCUCGGCUGAAUGGUGCCUGUGUAUGCAUUCAGAUAGCUGCAGCUAGGCUUGGCGGUAGAGGACUCUUUGUCUGGGGUCGAAUUCUGCCUUACGCCCCUGGCUGAAGUCCCAGGAGGCUUGUGAAAAGCAAGUAUUGCGUCUUCACUAUCCACUGACAGUGUCCUGUGUCUUCUAGUGCCAUUCACUGCCCCCCAGUCCCAGGCAACCGGGCAUUGCUGAGCUUCUCAUAUUAGUAUACAAUAUUAAUGAAUAGUAUCCAUUUUAAUAUUUCACUGUACGAACUCGAACCGUUCCAAGCACAAGAUUAUUUGAGUGAUUUUCGGCAUCUUUUGAGGGUGCUGAAAAACGGAGUAUCAACCUCUAGUAUUUGCUGCCUAGUUCUAGCAUGCCGAGUCUUAAAACGUUGUAUUAUCUGCCUUUGAGCUUAGAGACCUUAAUAAAGCAAGUGUUACGUACUUGCCAAAACCCAAAGGAAUCCCUGAGGACCUUUACAAGUCCACGCCAUCCUUCAUCUGGGAGCCCUGAGGGCAAACCCAAGUGCUUGUGCAAAAGAUGUCGCUGUGUGGUGUAGCCGUGACACAUCUGUCGGUGUGACCGGAGCAGCUGCCGUCACACACAACAUGCACACUGCCUCAGUGCCUCCAUUGGAGAGCACAGGUUUGUCGUCUUUAGAGUGCUCCUAACGGUUGACGUGUUUAAAGGAAGGGCAAUGCUGCAGAUAGAUACACUACUUGAGCUGUGUUCCUCCUCUGUACACUGCUGAGACGCGUGUGAGAAAGAAACAUCAUUUUGAGGCAGUUCUAUGUUGUCCUUCAUUAGCCAUUCAUGUUUUUUUAUUUUCACUAUCCUUGCAAGAAUGAUUGGGGAUGGUGUUCAAACAAACAAGUCUUUCUCACUGUAUUUUUAUCCAAAACUUGAUUCUGAUCAGAGAUGGCUGAUUUGUGUUUUUGGUUUUGCCCUGAUAAUCAAAUUUGAUUGAUGAUAAUUAUGUAAGAAUUAUGCCUGCCACUUAUAAAUAAUUCCUAGUGCCUCCAGAUUGAUGCCUCAGACAUUUCUGGUCCUUUUUUUGUUUUUUGGUUUAAUGUGGAUGCUUUUGAGUCCUCAUAUCAGUAUAAUUCAUACUUAAGACUUCAAGACUCCUGUGUUCAGGAAAGAAUAUAGACCUGCUUUCAUUGUACAGUCUAACACAUGCUUCUUCAUUCUUCAUCAUUGACCCAAUAAAAUCAUUUUACAAAAA